AUGGGGGACCCCCGCACGUCGUCGGUCCUCUUCCCUGUGGGCGAGGCUCUCGACACAAACCCCCAAACACACUUAGGCACGGUCAUUCCUCCGUCACCCUCUGACUUCUCCAGGGACAUAACUCCGCCCUCAAAUCCGCAGAGCGCCUUCUCCGGAGGGGCAUCGACCAGUUCAGCGGUGCAACUUCCUACGAAUUCCGCCGUCUACCUCUCUAAUCUCCACGAGGAAAAUACAGUGCGUCGUGCGGGACAGUCACACAGUCCGUCGAUGCCGACGUCUCCUCAGAGUCCUCUUACGUCACCUGCCCAGCAAACGUUCAAGCAAACGCAGCCUCCACCUACAGUUAGCGUUGGGAGUUACGUCUUGGAAAAUGUCUCAGCUUCUUCAGCGAAUUCCCGGCUUGUCAGCGCGACGCCUCUGCCAGGGCCGAAAGCCGGACAAACGGCGGAAAAGACACCUGUCUUGAAUCUUAAGCCGGAUAAGGAAGGCUGGCUAUUGAUUGAAGACCUGAGACUCAGCAGAAGCAGCUUCGAGGUCGUGUUGAAACAGGGAGAGCGCCUAGCUCUUCCCUUCGCUCUGACAGCUAACGAGAAAGUAAAGCUGUUCGUGAGGUCUACAACUAACUUCGAGAAAUCUGCCAGCGCCCUUGAACGGACUGCAGACUUGUUUUUCAUGCACGCUGUGGAGGAGAGGCAGUCUCAAGUGAAGCAGAGCCGACCUCAACAGCAGCCUCCUUCCAUUGUAGAUUGCGGACCUGCAGAUAUCUCGUGUCAGUCUUCAGCAAGUGUGUCGUCCAGAGUUUCGAGCACAUUUAAACCCACAGACAACGCUCCAGAGUGGGAUAGUCAGACGGUGGCCCCCCGCCAUUCGGAUCGUUUGCUUGCCGCUUCAGGCAAUCCGGCCCUGUUUUCAAGUCCAGGCCGGUCUCACUACAACACGAAUUCGGGCAGCGCUGCUGCAGCCGCUGGCGAGGACCGCCGUGGAGGUGUCAGACCCCGCCGGAGACCUGAGUUAGCCGCAAGGGUCAACGGCGUGCAGAGAGCAAUUUCAGAGUCGACAGAAGCGCGGCUGUCGUCUAGCGAGAGUGAACCGUUUGCCGCCCACACGAGAGAGCGCUACGCAGGAACAGCCAGUAUGCAGUCCCGCAGACAAAUGCCCGUGCCUGCUGGUUUUUCAUCAGGACAGUCGCACAUAUUGGGGAACAUGGGGGAUGCGCCGCUGAUCGCCGCCACAGUAAACACCGGAACUUUCAAUCCGCUGGCUGUUGAUUCACUUCCGGAAGAACCGUGGGCAGGGUGGGUCGAUUCUCUCCAGCUGCUUGCGGCAGAGACAAGGAACGUCGACUGGGUGAAUGCUCAGCGGAUGCUCCAAGCUGUUCGCCUUCAGGUGGGAGCGGCUCUCACCGGUGAUCUGGCGACUAGUGUCCGGGCUGAUGACCAGGACUCCAGCUCACAUUCCAGUGGGCGCGCCUCUGGGAGGCGUGGAGACGGUCGAGCAUUGGGAUUUCUAGGGAGAGAAACCAGCCACAGCCGCAGUGGGACGCAUACUUCUCCUGCCGCAGUUAUAUCACGGGGAGCGGAUGGAUUAACCUCACUGCCGUUUGGAAGGGUCGUGGUGCAGGAAAUAAACGAUGGAGAUGAGCCGUCAGAAGUCAGGGCUGACACCAACACGGAAGCGGGCGAAGGGGCGAUAUCGCCAAUGCAAAAACUCCACCAACUAGUGGCGGGGGCCUCCCCUUCACCCUCUGCUGACGUGCAAGACGACUGGACCGAUGCAUUGCCGUCCUCGGCUUCACAGCUGCAAAACGAGGUAGUCGAUCAACUACACGAACAAAGGGAUAACGCAGACCUGUUGUGGAUGGCAAUGCAUGGCGAUAGCAAGCCCCCCUCGACUGAGCGGUUAGAGACGACGAAAGCCGGCGUCAAGGCCUCGAACAAACCAAAGAGUAAGACCAUGAAGACUAAACCCCCGGUUCCCGACCGCAGUCCAUCCCCUGCGCGUCGGCAGAUGAUUGUCGUGGAUGUGGAGGCUCUUGGCAGCCCUGUAGAUAAGGAGACCGGACGGCCGCUCUUCUACAACGAUAGGAUUUUGGUCGGCUGGCGUUGUUCUGAGCGCGAGCUGCUGGCUCUCAAAGCCCUGGACCUGGAAGAAGAGGAGGCUGCUUUUGAAGAAAACGAAAGGUGGAGUCAUGUCUCCCCACUUUUCGGCGCAGACAGAAAGUCGCCGUCCUCUUCUUCGCGUCCAUCUCCAACGCUCGCUGAAGAUCCUAAAACGAUAAGAGCAGGAGAGCAACUGCAGAUCGGACUUCCGUGCGCCCAGUGGAGUCACGCGCAAUCCAUAGCGAACCAGACGGAUCAUGAAGCUCGACUGUGUGGCUAUGUACCACCCGAUAUGGGCAUCGACGUCCGUAGCCUUCGCGAAUCAACUAAUAUGACCUCGACCUACCCAAUACCACCAGGACCGGCAUCACCUCUCGACCUAUCGCAGAUAAAAGAACUUUGGUCGGCUUCCGGAAGGCGUGCCACCGACGAAGGAAUUGGAAUUGAUGGCUACACGCAGUCAGCACAGCGGCCAGUAUUUCCUGGAACUGAUCAAGCUAGCACUGAGCCACGAAUCUCAGCUGCAUACGUAGACGAAGAAAUUGGCGGAAUCGUUGGGGCACCUCUUCGUCGAACACAGGUAUUGGAGCGCAUGCUGAAAAGUUAUGCAAGCCCCGAAGUCGAGUCGGUGAAGACUCUCUUCCGGAGGCUACCUCAGAAACGGGAACUUCGAAAGAAUGCUGGAAAAGGCGAAAUAUGGAAAGGGGCUGGAAACCCACCGGGCGUCAAUGAGCAGUCUAACGUUGGUGCAACCAGAAAAAUUCACUCCAACCCAAAUCUCAGCACAAUUCCACCAGCUGGACGUGACGAGAGCCAGGCUCCAGAGGCGGGAACUGUACACGAUGGCUUUCCCAACGCCUCCGAAAGUCCUGAUGACGUCAAAAGCAAUCCUGGUCCUGCUGCUGGCGAUACUCGUGCGCCAAAAGCGAGUGCCCACGCGUACAAAACCGACGAUGAUUUCGAACUGGGACAUGAGAUAAAGAAAGACAGAAGCGGAAAAGCUGAAGGAGUGCAGGCGAACGCCUCCAUGAAAACUAGACUUUUGGACGACGACGAGCUGUGUGGAAUGGAUCUCAUCAAGCUGUCCCUCAAGCAUUAUCGUGCACGAUCUGAGAACAAAACGCAGGAUGCAAAACCAGACAACGACUUCGAGGAUGUGGAGGCACUGAAGUCUUUCAUGAAGGAGUUUACAUCUCAAGACUACGUCGGUGACAUUCUCUUCAUCGCUCCAGACGCUCCGAUCCACGCCCAGGCAAUAAGUGUCUUAUUCGGCAAUGACGAGAACUUCGACAGUGGCGAAACGCGAGAGUCGUCCUCCACUGCCGCGCAGAAUCCACAGCGAAGCGACACAGAGAGGCGACAAGCUCCACGAGCUGGUGUAGAGGACCCUGAACGGCCGUUCACCAGAAGUGAUGGUCUUAGUCCGAGUGGAGGUAACUUGGAGACCCCAGUGAAAAUGCCAGGAGAGGGAGCUGCCUCACCUCCUUCCAAGCUACCCGCGCGUGAUUUCCUGAAGAAACGAAGUACAGCGGCGGGCGGCGACAUACCCGUGUUGGAUGAUGAGGAAGAUCCGCUUCAGGAGCGAGAAACCGUGCACGAGGGACAACAUGCGCAAGGCGUCUCACAGCCAGGCCAGCAACGAAACGGGAGCAGGUCACUGCAGAGGACGUCACGAAGCUCAGGAAGGGGCGCGAUGGAGGGCGGCUACACGCCGUUCCCUAAUGACCCGUUAUUCACACUGCAAUGGGCACUCGGGUCGCCGCCCCAGGAUGCGCAUAUUAGCGCAGAGUUCUGCUUCCUCCGGGCUCGAGAAGAGCUGGAGGGUAAGCCGAGUGAAGCAGGGGGAAAAGACAGGGCAGAUCCACGCCAGCAAGUUCCUACCAGUUCUCAGCUGGCAAAGGUUAGACAGCUGUGUGAAGCUGCAGGCCAAACGGAACCGCGCCUCGGCAGAGAAAGGCUACGGUCAACGGCUCUUUCUGAGGAGGAUUCUGAUUAUUCCAACCGAAAUGAAGAAACCGGAAGAGUGGAGCACUUGCUGUUGUGGGAGGGAAGGACGUGGCAUACAACGAACGAUGCUGCCCUUUUGCCCUCGGAAAGCAGCAGCACAGGAGUUCUUGGCAUCGGAAACAAAGCGGAUGAUAUGCAGCUGCCGCUCGCUCCGCAGACAUCUGAGGGGAUCCACGGCCUCCAAGAGAGCGACGCCGAAAAACGUAGAGGAACUGGGGCAGGCGGCAGGUCAGCUGCUACAAACGGCAUCGACAUGGUUAAGGCAUGGCGACUUAACCUUCGUCCCGAUGAAGCCAAACAGAAGCCUGAAGUUCUCGUCGCCGUCAUCGACACGGGCGUUAACUACAUCCACUCUGAUCUUGCCAAUAGCAUUUGGGUCAACGAGCAGGAGCUGAACGGCGUGCCAGGGUUUGAUGAUGACCAGAACGGUUAUGUCGAUGACGUGUACGGCUGGAAUUUUCUUCAUAGCAACAACAAUCCCAUGGAUGACAACGGCCAUGGUUCCCAUGUCGCAGGAAUUAUAGGUGCUCAGAGGAACAAUAACCAAGGAGUGUCUGGCAUCAGCAGCCACGCUCGCAUAAUCGCUCUUAAGAUUCUUGAUAACAAAGGAGAAGGAGAUGUUUCGCAUGCGAUUCCGGCGAUCCGAUACGCUUUGGACAAUGGAGCGAAAGUCAUUACCAACUCUUGGGGUGGCAUCUCAGGCCCAGGAACUCAGAUUCUGGGAGUCCUGCUAAAGGAGGCAGUAGCUGACGCAAGCGGAAGCGUGUUCGUCAUUGCGGCAGGCAACGACGGAAUGGAUAUCACGAAAACUCCGUACUAUCCAGCAUCUUUCCUGAGGGACUGGACAAUCACUGUUGGCGCGCAUGCACGAGAUGGUGCGCUGCCGCAGUGGUCGAACUACGGUCACAACAGCGUUCACCUCACAGCUCCAGGAGAAAGCAUCACAAGCACGUGGAUGGGAAGCGGCUAUCGGCUGAGCAGCGGGACGUCGAUGGCCGCUCCGAUGGUCAGUGGGGUUGCUGCGGAAAUUCUUGCCUACAACCCAAUCCUGCAGCCCCAACAAGUCAUUGAUGUUCUUGUUCAAAGCGCUAUAAGCGACAGAAGACAUCAGAACAUCUCUUUGACCGGUGCGCGGCUCAACGCCUAUCGCGCGAUCGUUCUUAGUCAGCUGCAGUUCUUCUCCGUCUCUUCUACGGAGCUACACGUAGGAGGAACUACGGAUCCCGUUGGAGAAGUGGAAAUUACUUUUCAGGCCAGCGUGCUUCCGCCCGGUGUCUACGAGGGAAACGUCGAGCUCGUUUAUGCCAGACGCUUAGCCGGCGCUAAAAGCAUGGGUGUUCUCUCAGGUGUGCUCAAGCGCAGAGUCGUCCAGUUGGUUCAGAUAAGCUUACCAGUGCGGUUGACAAUUGCGUCAUGA